ACAGAUGGGGAGGAUUCUCCAGUUAAACCCAAAAGGCGAAGAAUACCAAAGAACAUCCUCUUCCCUGGCGAUGAUGAAGAUGAAGAUGAGGCCAAAGAUGUCUUGCCAAAAGCUAAGCCAAGGAAGAAGCCAGCUGAACUGCCUAGUGCACCAAAGAUUCUUCCUCCAUUUGGUCCUGAUCCCCAAGGGAAUGAUUCUGGUGGGGAAGCUGUCUUACCAAAAGAACAACCACGAGUCCACCAUAUGCCUGAACUGGAUCAGAGAAGCCGAGCAUCCCCUAGCCCGCACAAGAGAAGCUGUGCGUCCCCUAGCCCGCACAAGAGAAGCCGUGCGUCCCCGAGCCCGUACCAGAGAAGCUGUGCGCCCCCUAGCCCGCACAAGAGAAGCCGUGCGUCCCCGAGCCCGUACCAGAGAAGCCGUGCGUCCCCGAGCCCGUACCAGAGAAGCCGUGCGUCCCCGAGCCCGUACCAGAGAAGCCGUGCGUUUUCGAGCCCGCACCAGAGAAGCCGUGCGUUCUCGAGCCCGCACCAGAGAAGCCGUGCGUCCCCGAGCCCUCACCAGAGAAGCCGUGCGUCCCCGAGCCCUCACCAGAGAAGCCGUGCGUCCCCGAGCCUGUACCAGAGAAGCCGUGCGUCCCCGAGCCCUCACCAGAGAAGCCGUGCGUCCCCGAGCCCUCACCAGAGAAGCCGUGCAUCCUCUAAGAAGCCGUGCAUCCUCUAG